AUGAAACUACAAAGGAUUUUGACGUGGUACGGUAGUAGACAACAUGUACGUGUGUUUUCCUCGCAGCCAGCCAACUUCAGUACUGCUGCGGCGGCUCCAAACACCCAGUCUCCAAAACCUUUAGAAAGAAAAACGUUUCUUGAACGUGUUUCGGCCGGACCGGGAUUACAGGAAUUUUUCAAUGUCAAGGCGGUUUCACGAAUGAGACGUCAAGAAGAAUCUGAAGAGAAUAUUAUCCCAUAUCUUCCGAUUGAAAGUUAUAGCGGUAACGGCCGUAGGGUAUUCUUUGAGGUAUAUGGCUGUCAAAUGAAUACAAAUGAUACGGAAGUGGUAUUGGCCAUUUUGGAGGCAAAUGGUUAUACCAAGUGCAAUGACAUUAAGGAUGCUGAUGUUAUAAUGAUUGUCACCUGUGCUGUGCGGGAAGGUGCUGAAACUAAAAUUUGGAAUCGUUUAAAUCACCUGAAAUCUAUGAAAGAAAAGAGAUCGGUGAAAAAAGGUCCCCUACAAAUCACAGUACUGGGUUGUAUGGCGGAACGUUUGAAACAGCAGCUAUUGGAAAAAGAGAAAUGUGUAGAUGUUGUUGCAGGGCCGGAUAGUUAUAAAGAUCUACCCCGCUUGCUGGCGAUAUCCAGACAUUAUCAACAAUCCGCUAUUAAUGUGCUGCUGAGUUUAGAUGAAACCUAUGCCGAUGUUAUGCCGGUAAGGCUGAAUACAGAUUCUCCCACGGCAUUUGUUUCGAUUAUGAGAGGCUGUGAUAAUAUGUGUACAUAUUGUAUUGUACCAUUUACCCGUGGUAGAGAGCGUUCCAGGGCAGUGGAAUCAAUCAAGCAAGAGGUGUUAACUUUAAGGGAUAAUGGCAUCAAGGAAGUAACGUUGCUGGGUCAAAAUGUAAACAGCUAUAGAGAUACAUCAAAAGAGGCACCCGCCAAGGAUAUAUCAACUGCCCCCGGAUUUAAGACAGUAUACAAACCGAAGAAGGGAGGUUUACCAUUUUCGGUUUUACUUCAGGAAAUAGCGGAAGCCGUGCCCGAUGUCCGUAUACGUUUUACAUCACCCCAUCCCAAAGAUUUCUCGGAAGAUGUAUUGAGGAUUAUACGCGAUUAUCCAAAUGUGUGUAAAAAUCUACAUCUUCCCGCCCAGUCGGGGUCGAAUAGUGUUUUAGAACGUAUGCGUAGAGGUUAUACCAGGGAAGCAUAUCUACAGCUAGUCGAUACUAUACGUAGAUAUAUUCCACAAGUUGGUCUAUCGAGUGAUUUCAUUUGUGGCUUCUGUGGAGAAACUGAGGAAGAAUUCCAAGACACUGUAGAUCUAAUAGAAAAGGUGCGUUAUAAUGUAGCCUUUCUCUUUGCCUAUAGCAUGCGGGAGAAAACCACUGCCCAUCGUAGAUAUAAAGAUGAUGUUCCUGCAGAUGUAAAGACUAUCAGAUUACAACGAAUGGUAAAAGCUUUUCGUCAAGGCGCCACAGAAUUACACAAAGAAUAUGAGGGACGUAAUGAAUUAAUUUUAAUUGAAGGCACCAGUAAGAGAUCCGAAGAUUAUGUUUUCGGAAGAAAUGAUGCAAAUAUUAAAGUCAUAGUACCAAUUAAGGAAUUACCAGAAGGAAAAGAUGGUACACACAGACGAACAAUAUCGGUGGGUGAUUAUGUGGUGGCACACAUACAGGAAUCCAACUCACAAGUAUUGAAAGGUGAACCCUUAUAUCUAAGUUCUAUUUUAGACUAUCAUUCUAAAGUGUAA